UGAAGGUUGGUUUUUCACUUUCCCCGAAAUCAAUGAGUAUAAUAAAGCGUUAUUCACUUCUUACAUAAAUAAUUAGUGGCAUCUCUCUUUUUCCUUUCUCUCAUCAUCUGCUCUAUCUACUCAACAGCCUUCUGUCACCAGGAUCAAAAUGUCAACUUUAGGCACACACGAAGUUUCCAAACUCGAAUUUGGUGGUCCUGUUGACUUGAUUCGGUGCUCUCCUAGCUACAAAUACGGUUGCCUCUGUAUUAUUUUUGAUGAGCCUGGGAUAACCUAUGAGAAUGCGCGAGACAUGCUGAUUACAUACUUUACAAGUUAUGAUAAUGAAGUCGAUGCCAUGCGUCAGAAAUCAACUUGCGCGGACCUUGAUUAUGACUCACGCUUAAUCAUUGAAUUACAUUUGAUGGGUCAUUACCGCGGUGCCAGGCGAACCGUGCCCUAUUUCCGUCUACCCGUCGGCGGAUCCAUGUCGCUAUCGUCGGAUUUGCAGCGAGCCGGGACGACAGUUAAAGUGCGAACAGCUAUACCACCUUUACCGUUUUACAAAGUGUGUACGGUCAGAGGCUUGCCCUUGGGUGCCCCUCGUGAAGUGCGCUCUGACCUUUUGGAGGCAAUUUGCGCUACGUUCCAAAAACGCAGCACUGUCAAAAAGGGCGAAAUCUUGGAUGAAGCAGUCAUAGAUGCCGUGGAAAUUUGCACAACCGAUAAACAGGACGGAAACCCUUUGUUCGAUGGUAGUUUCUAUGUUAUUUUCAACGAAUCUCUUCUUCCUCACUUUUACUUCUAUAAUGGUCCACCCUCUUCCUUUUAUUUAGAUGACAAGGAGUACUUCUUUCAAGACAAUAUGUCUUCGCACUACAUGUAUUGUACCAGUUGCAAAAAAGUAGACUCACAUUUAUAUCUUGCAGCUGAUAGCUGUUAAACUCUGCAAUGGUGUCAUUUAGCUACAGUGUACUUGGACUAUGCGUUUUACCCCAAUCUCUUUAUUUUCUUUUUCCCCUUGUUUGUACUCUUGCACUGAAAUUCUCAAAGUAGUAAUAAACAGCUGAUAUCUCUGAUCUUUUCUGAUGUCAGAAUAAUGAUAUGGAAUCAAUAUAGUACUUAAAGGCAUAUUUCCAUUUCCAUUGGUCUUUUGAGUCCAC